GGCUCUUCCGGGUUGUCGUUGCCAAGGUGAUAGGUCAAAGUGCGGGCGCAGGUCGUGUUGUGUUUGGACCACAGUGUUGAAGCUUUAGCUGCCGGAUCUACAGGGAUGUGAUGGCUUUUCUGAGUCUGUUCAUGAGGAGGCAGCUACCGCAGGCCGUGUGCCUCAUCGCCCGGACUGUGAAGCUCGUCCGGGCUCCCUGCGCCGGAGCUCCGCUGAGGAGGAAGCUGCACGGCUCAACCCGGCUGCGGAUCGGGGAGAAGGGACCGUGGGCGAAGGGCCGGGUACCCGAGCAGCAGUACCAGCUUUCAGACCUCGACAAGGCGGAUGCUUUAGUAGGUUUACUCCUAGAGGAAAUUUGGAAAUAUUUUGAAGAAGUAGAGAGAUUUUUGUGUCACCCCAGAGCUACUUUUGGUUUUGGUUCUAGUUCUGUUAAAAACCAGUACAGACACUUUAUCACAAAAUUAAAUAAGAGCUUCAUUCAACAAAUAACUUUCCUCUUUUUCUUUCAGAUGCUGAGAAAAUCACAUGAGACAGGUAACACAACUAGACCAAUACGUUGUCUUUACAUUCUGAUUAAAUGAACCUUUUGGUUGAUGUUACAGAUGUUAUAUUGAACCUGAAUAAUCUAGAGAAGUUUUAUUUUCUCUUGACAAAACGCCUUUUUAAUCUGAACAAAGAGGUCACAUUACUUUAGAUCUUAACUCCAGAAAGCUACUUAACAGCUUUGUCACUUUUAAUUGGCUUUUGAAAUCAGUCUUGAAUCCAAAGGACAGGUGUUAAAUAAAUCUGUGUUGGAAUGUCAACAUCAUUUUUUAGGGGGGAUAUAGUUAAAGGGAGAUUCUGGCAUAAAAUUAAUUUAGGGUCAAACACACCGUAAAACCAAAUCAGACACCCCCUCGAGAGAUGAAUGUUGUCGACCGCUUGCUUCUCUAGUUACACCAACUUUAGUAAUGGCCGCAUGAAAGCAAUACACAGAGCCAUGUGCUCAACCAAAACGCCACUCUAUAGCCACAAAUAAUGCUCCGCACAGCACCUAACUUCAUCAACAGUACAUAUAGGGUCCCAGCCAUAGUACUAGCCACCAAACAUUUUCUUAACUUUGCCUAAUUUCUUUAGCAAAGACACUAAACACAACUCACCUACUCUCUUCCAGCAAGCGCUUGUCUGAAGGAGACCUCCAGGUGGGUCCAGGUCCGCAGCUCAAGGAAGAACAUUCAUGAUUAUUUCUUUAUCAUUUCCUUGAAGUAAAAAUCAUCAUUUUGCACUGCAGAUGCUGUAGUUCUUCUGCCUUAGCGUCUCGGUAUGAUUGUAUCAUAAAUGUUCUUCCUUGAGCUGCGUCACCCCGCUGCAGUCGAUGGACUCGCCUGGAGGUCUCCCUCUAACAAGCGGUUGCUGGAAGAGAGCAGGUGAGUUGUGUUUAGUCUCUUUGCUAAAGAAAUUAGGCAAAGUUAAGUAAAUGUUUGGUGGCUAGUACUAUGGCCAGGAUCCUAUAUGUACUGUUGAUGAAGUUAGGUGCUGUUCUGAGCAUUAUUUGUGGCUAUAGAGUGACAUUUGGUUGAGCGCAUGGCUCUCUGUAUUGCUAUCUGUGGUCAUUACUAAAGUUGGUAUAACUAGAGAAGCAAGCGGUUAGUAACAUUCAUCUCUUGAGGGGGUUUCUAACUCCGUAUUACAGUAUGUUUGAUACUAAAUUAAUUUUACGCCAGGAUAUCCCUUUAAGCACUGCAGCAAGGUCGACAAAUUGAAGAUCAUGUUGAUUAUUCAUUUGAGAUUAGUGCACUUCUCUGAAUCGACUACUCCCUCAAAAGAAGGGAUGAUUCUGGGGGAAAGAUUUCAAGAUACACCUCCAGUACCAUCACAUGGAACUUUUCUCUUAUGCAUGUCAACAGCAUGUCUGAUCCUGACUCUCUGCACAGACCUUCAUCCAGGCUGUUCAUUUCCACCUCUGACUGUUUUGCAGGUUUCCUCUCGUGGUUCAGGAACGGUCUGCUGGCGACCGGGAUCGGGGUGAUUGCGUUUGUCCAGAGUGAAGUUGGAAGAGAAGCCGGUUAUGGUAAAGACCUGACACUGUUUUGCCUGCAUCUGCACUACAAAUCAGACUGAGCUCUAUGGAAGUAAUUUACCAAACCAGAGUCCAUCAGUAGUGAAGUUGGUUGUUGUCCUUGAUUCCUUAAAACCGGCACAUUAUAGAGAAAUCAUUUUUAAAAUAAAGGAAUGUCCAUGAAACGACCAAAACCUACUCAAACUUUACUCAAGCUCUCUUUGUGCUAAGCCCUGCAAUAGAUUUUAUGAAAUGAAUAAUUGCUCAAGGACUUCUGCUGCAGACUGAAAUCAUCAUGAGCGGACAAAAGCCAAGAUCUGUGAGUCAGAACUAAAAUCAUGGUUACCUGAAAUACUGGCUUCAGGCGAUACAUUUUUAAUCACAUCUUUGAGUUUGAAAUCAAACUGAGCGGCCGUGUUGCAUUAUUGAGUUAUGCUGUUCACAUUAAUAUUUAGAAUUAAAGCAAAUUAAGCUUUUUCUUACAUAAAACACCUCUUGGAGAUCGAUUAGAGGUGCUUGACUGAAUAGUUGCUUUUCUUUGAAACUAAUUUACUAGUUUUGCAGAUGCAAGAUUCAGCUUCAUCUUUUUAUUUCAGAAGUACUUUCAUUUCAGAUUGAAAUACAGUAAGGUGGACUUCCAAAAUAAGAUCAUGUCAAUCUGUGUUUCUUCAGCCUUCUUCAUCCUGGGAGGUGUGUGCGUGUCAUUUGGCGGCGCCACAUACAUCGGCAGCCUCUUUGCCCUGCGGAGGAUGAUGCUGCUGUCUGUGCCGGCUCUGCUUCUCCAGAGCGCAGCAGUGGGCAGCGUCGCCCUCUUCUGGCUCUGUGCGGUAUCUCUCUAUAUCGGCCGCUUGGAGGUCGAGAUCAUCCAUGACGAGGAGGAGGGAGAGGAUGAGGAUGAAUGCCGGGAGUGCAGAGAGAGGCGAGAAAACAGAGGCUACCGUGACUCCCAUGACAGCAGACAAGACAGCGAGGACAGUGACAGAGGAAAGCCCAGCAAGUAGAGAGUGGAGGUGGAGAGUGCUUUUUUCAGGGUUUACUCUUAUUCUGUGUGAGUGUGUGUGUGUGUGUGUGUGUGUGUGUAUGAUUGUGAGAGCAAUCAGUCUACAUGCUCAUAUGUAGACCACGUGAGUUAAAAAUACAAACCUUUUAUCGUUUAUUUUGUACUAUAUUAAUAAAAGUUUAUUGUCAGACCUUUUGAAACACAGGUCAGAAACGCUGAAAUUUUGGUAAACGUUCACUUCUCGUGGACAAAUCUGCUUUUUCCUGUAAGAUAAAUUCAAAGCUGAUUUGCUUAACCAUUUCUUCUUCUGAUGGUGUAAUUUUUCUCACAUCCCACAGUCUCAGAAAAAGGAGAGAACAGUAAUCUUAAUUCUGUUGAAUUUUGGGGGAAUUCAUUGGCUUUUCAUGACCAGCUGCUGUUUGUCUUAUUUUGUUCAACAAAUUUAGAAUAAUCACAUGACUGUGAUUGAAUACUUGAAUUUUUCUUUGAAGUCUUGAAAACAACAAGCUGGUCGUGGAGUGCUGAGAGAUAAAAAAUCCACACACUAUGUUCAAGUAAGGGCUUAGUAUAUAUCUCGUUACAGAACUUAACAUGUGAACUCAUUUUUUUAUGUUUUGCACUUUUUUUUGUUUGAUUCAUUUUUGCAAGCUGACUUAAAAAGGGUAUUUUUCACAGCUCUUCCUGUGGUUAAAUAACUUUUUUUUUCUGUAAUGUUGAUAUAAAUAUACAGUCCCUACAUGUAAGUACUCAUCAUUUUACCUUUGAGUGAAUAUCAAGCCUGGUGGCUGCUGUUGAUCUGUUUUAAUGGGUGGUAGGUUUCUGAGUGGAAAUGGGGUUCACAUGUGUUUACACCUGUUGACACUUUCAAUGCAUACUUCUGUACAGAUGAAAAUAAAGCCAGAGGAAAUCUACUAAA